CCUCUGCGAUAAACACUAGUAGUGAAGCAAUGAAGCCACAAAAAUUUCAUACAGCAGUCAUCUUUCUUUUCUUUGUUUUUCUUCUUUGUUCUUUCCUCGCAUCUGCUCGUCUCCUAUCACCAAAACAAGGGAUCACUCAUGCUGCUAAUUCAUUCACAGAUCACUCAGAAGAAUUUUCGAAUCUGAUGGGGUUAGAGGAGUGUCAUGGAGAUGACGGAGAAUGUUUGAAGGGAAGGAUGAUGGUGGAGGCUCACUUGGAUUACAUUUAUACCCAGCACGUUAAGCCUAAAAAGGCUCCGUAAAUGAAUAUAUAUAUAUAUAUAUAUAUAUAUAUAUAUAUAUAUAUAUGCACUACAGCUUCAUUAAAGAAGCUGGGUUUGGAUAUAUAAGAAACUAAUCCCAUGUAACUAUUUACAUCAUAGUACUUAUAAUAUGAGACAAGAAAGUCCGUAUUUUAUUC